AUGUUAAAGCAAUAGAUGAGAUUAUUUUCAAAAGAGCAAUUUUAUUUUAAAAAAAAGGUAGGCAAGUAUAAAAGGAAAAGAAAUGCAAUUAGCAUAAUUGAGAAAAAUAAUAAUAUCAAUUUGAAUUUUGGUUUUAGUUUUAGUUUGCUGAGCAGCUUGAGAGUGAUAAGGACAAUGAUAGAUAAAAGGGUUUAUGCUAGAUUGUCCUAUUUAAUGAUCAUCAUUGUUUGGAAUGUACUUGGUUUCAGAUCUAAUAUGAAUAGACAGCAUUAAUUGUCGUUUGAGAAUCAAUCUACUUACACCUACAAAUCAAAUACGUAGUUAAAAAAUUACAUUUAGACAAUUUACCUCUAUUUACUUGAUCGGCUUGCAUUGGAUUAUCUGAUAGAAGGUUAAAUUAAUUUAUCAAAUUAAUUUAACAAUAGUUUGAUUGAAAAACUACAACCAGUCGCAAUUUAGGAAAUAUUAUUUACAUGCAUUGGCAAUUAUGGAAUAAGUAGAGACGUUAUUAAAUUUAAAGUGUGGAAAAUUAAAAAAUAUACAGAUCAUAUUGAUCGAAAGAAAAAAAAUUAAGAAUAAAUGGAAUUAUCUGUAUGA